CCUCAUCGGGAGGUAAAUAAUUAUAGCCUGUUGGAAGCCGCAGUAACGUGAGGCUUAACUUGACUUUUAAUUCUAUUGUUUCCUGUAGUGUUAAAUAAAAGUUGUUAGAAAUUACCAUGUCGCUUGUUCGACGGGGACAGCAUUGGGGAACGUUUGCCAGAAUUUGGCACAUUUACGAUGCGAUGUGGCAAGAUCCAUAUAAAAGUGCCGAUUUAAUAAGGAUGUAUCUUAUGGGAUUACAUAAACCAAUAUAUCACCCACUAAACGAGUGUGGUGAUCAUGUAGUGGUAAUAAACAGCAAGGAAAUUGCUUUACGUGGAGAUGAAUGGCGUAAACGUGUAUAUUUCCACCAUAACACAUACCACAGAGGUGAUACUUGGACUCUUGCAUGGGAGUUACAUAAAAAAGAUCCAACUCUGAUCGUGGAGAAGGCUGUAUACAGAGCAUUGCCAAAAAAUCUGCUACGGCGGGGUUACAUGCAAAGAUUACAUAUAUUUCCGAACGAUCAAGUGCCCAAAGAUAUGUUGAAGAAUGUGUCUAAUCAAAUUAAACAACAAAGAUACGUCCCUGUCCGAUUGGAUCAUAUUCCGAAGGAAGAGAGGGACAGUUUCCCGCAAAUUAUGUCGUAUCCCGAACAAUAUAUCCUCAAAUAAUAGAUUUGCAUGUAAAUAUCACAUAAUGUCACAUAAUAAACAUGAUCGGAAAGUAA